AUGGCUUCUACACCCUUCGCCAUCGACGUCCUUAAAGGGCCUUCCAGCAACCGUGCCACCAAAGACCUCGAGGCGGGAUUCGCACGUCGAUCAAUGAUGCUGGUUCGACGACUGCUAGGCGAGAAUAGCUUAAUCGAACUUCUUCGUGAGGAAACGGCGGCUAGUACCGAAUGGUGGAAACAAGCAUGUCUCAGCUCGAACAAAGAAUGGACACCAGCCCGCAUUACUCUUUCCGUACGAGGAGUUCUUUCAAAGGAGUUCAUUCAAUGGUUCAUUCCCGCACAGGGUGGCAUGCUUCCUGAACCCGAGAAGCUUGCCGCCCACCCCGAGCAUUGGGUUGUUCGCCCUUCGCAAGGCUCUAAAUCAAUGACUGUGUUGGAGACACUUGGCGAAAGGCCAACCUUGUUUACGCUGGCUUUCGAUGUGCAAGCUGCCCAUUUUGUUCAGAAUGAGCCAACCUUCACUACCAAGAUGACUGGUCGAGGCUAUCUCGAAGAUGGUACCCCGAUUAUGGAGCUAUACCACCAGUUCAGGGACCAUGCGGACGGUCAGGGAUUUGACGUUGACUUGGCGAUCUAUUUUCCCGUCGGGGCUGGAGAAGACGUCGUUGAAUGUCACCGUCAGCAUCUACUCGUCGAGUUCAGCAACUGGUCCAAGCAAGCAUUUGAUGCGAAGUUAGCGCAAUGA